AUGUCACUCCCGUUUGAAAACAAGUAUGCUAUUGUCACUGGAGGUUCCAGAGGCAUCGGGGCUUCAAUUGCACUGCUAUUAGCAGAACGAGGCGCCAGAGGAGUGGCUAUUACCUACUCAGGCAACGAAGCAGCAGCAAACGACACUGUGGCCAAGAUUAAAGCUUAUGGAGCCGAUGCGGUUGCAAUACGUGCUAAUAUUCUUGAAGUCGACAUUGGAGAGACAAUUGUGAAUGGAGCUCUCGCAGGAUUGAAGACGAAUACAAUCCAUAUUCUUAUCAACAAUGCUGCUCUUGCCACAUCUGAACAUCUUCUUCCUAUUCUACAUACCACUGUCGAAAAUUUUGAUAACCUUUUUCACGCGAACGUACGGGCGCCGAUUUUUGCAACUCGUGCAGUGCUGCCCUAUAUGCCCGCAAAAGGUGGCAGAAUUAUUAAUGUGAGCUCCGUGACAGCCAAACAGGCGGCCGACGAGCCCGGAAUACUUUACGGUGCUAGUAAAGCAGCAUUAAACAGUAUUACUCGAUCUAUGGCGAGCGCGCUGGCUGCAGAGAAAGGCAUCACGAUCAAUUCAAUAAGCGUCGGGCCCACGAAGACUCCUGCCAUGGAGAACGCCUUAGCCAAUCUACCCAAAGAGUAUAUGGAAGGGCUUAAGAACUAUGCCACUGUUGAGAAGCGAUUGGCAGAGCCAGAGGAAAUUGCGGCAAUUGUAGCUUUCGUGGCGAGCGAUGAUGCUCGUUGGAUGAAUGGUGCCAGUGUCCCUGCGAAUGGAGGCGCGAUUCUACUAGCAGAGGGUUAA